GUUGGGGGCGCUUUCGUUGGCGGUGGGCUGCUACCAUGAGGUUGAAUCAGAACACCUUGCUGCUGGGGAAGAAGGUGGUGCUGGUACCCUACACCUCAGAGCACGUGCCUAGGUACCACGAAUGGAUGAAAUCAGAGGAACUGCAGCGUUUGACAGCCUCAGAGCCGCUGACCCUGGAGCAGGAGUAUGCCAUGCAGCACAGCUGGCGGGAGGAUGCAGACAAGUGCACCUUCAUUUUGCUGGAUGCAGAGAAGUGGCAGGCCCAGCCAGGCAUCACUGAAGAGAGCUGCAUGGCAGGAGAUGUGAACCUCUUUCUCACAGAUGUAGAAGACCCCACCUUGGGGGAGAUCGAGGUCAUGAUUGCAGAGCCCAGCUGCAGGGGCAAAGGCUUCGGCACUGAGGCCGUUCUCAUGAUGAUGUCUUAUGGAGUGACUAACUUAGGUCUGACCAAGUUUGAGGCUAAAAUCGGGCAAGGAAAUGACCCGAGCAUCCGGAUGUUCCAGAAACUUCACUUUGAGCAGGUGGCUGUGAGCAGUGUCUUCCAGGAGGUGACGCUCAGACUGACCAUGAGCGAGCCUGAGCGGCAGUGGCUUCUGGAGCAGACCAGCCACGUGCAAGAGAAGCCCUACAGAGAUGGGUCAGCAGGGCCCUGCUGA